AUGAAUUUGGCUUUUCCUUGCGAUUACGUUGAAGCUGCAGACAGCGUAUUGAGUGAAUGUAAGAUAGCUGCAGAAAAUAGAUUGAAACGCAAAAAUUCACGCUUAGACAAAUGUGGUAUUCCAGAAGACCAGUUGUAUUUGAUGCAGCAACAGUUAAUCGAAAAAGCACGGCAAAAACAGCUUGAAGCAGAAGCAGCAGAAAUGAGUCGCCUUCAGCAAGAAAAUAGUGCGUGUACAAGACGAUCGUUAAGUGAUUUGUUGUCUAAAGAUGAGGACGACGAGGAUUAUGAUACUGCAUAA